UUAAUUAUUUAUUCGCCGCGCGAGCCGCGGGCCGGAGGUCGGUCGUGACUCGUGGACGAGUGUGCGGGGCCGGUCUCCCCGUGCAGUGUUGUUGUAUCGACUCUGUAACCGGUGUUCUAAGUGACUAUUAUGAGCGACAGGGAUAGAUCGUCGCCUUCCCUCACGGACACCCCGCUGAAGACGUACAUCGGUCGGCACGACGACGACUACCCCCUUAUAAACGGAAACGAUUUCCUGAGCCACGGGGCUAGUUUCAACAAAAAAUACGGCAAGUCGGUGAACAGUAAGGACCCGCUCGAGGACAAGAAAGAUGACAGCGACCUGUGGGAGGCGCAGGCCGCCUUCCUCGGCCCCACGCUGUGGGACAAGACGCUGCCCUACGACCCAGAUCUCAAGGUACAAGAAUACGCGGACCUAGACGAGUUCCUGUCGGAGAAUGGCAUGUCCGGAGAGGGCCUGGGCGGCGCGCACCUCGGCGGCUCCGCCUUCGGGCCCGCGCUGGGCCUGCAGGCGCCCGUCACCAAGCGCGAGCGCUCGCCCUCGCCCUCCGACUGCAUGAGCCCCGACACCAUCAACCCGCCGCUCUCACCCGCCGACUCCACGUUCUCGAUGGCAUCAUCGGGACGUGACUUCGAUCCCCGGACGCGCGCCUUCUCCGACGAGGAGCUGAAGCCGCAGCCGAUGAUCAAGAAGUCCCGGAAACAGGUAAAUGAUUUCGUGCCCGAUGACCUGAAAGAUGACAAGUACUGGGCGCGCCGGCGGAAGAACAACAUGGCGGCGAAGCGAUCCCGCGACGCGCGCCGCAUGAAGGAGAACCAGAUCGCGAUGCGGGCGGGCUACCUGGAGAAAGAGAACAUGGGCCUGAGACAAGAAGUAGAGCUGCUUAAGAAGGAGAACCACAUCCUGCGGGAGAAGCUCUCGAAGUACGCGGAUGUAUAGGCGGCCCGCGCCCCAUCGCCCGCAUAGCACAAACACGCCACACGACAUGUCGCGGGCCCCGGCGCCUCCGGCAGGGACCGCCGCCGCCGCCCCGCCGCCGCCGCCGCCCCGCCGCCGCGCCGCGCCCGCCUGCUCUUCGCUCCACGGACGUUUACCUCCCAGCGGCUGCGGGCUCAUCGAAUGCUGUGGGAUCGCCGCGACUACUUCUACCACCAGCUGUCGUCCAUGUUGACACGUUAAGAACGAUUGUGUAGCUAUUCGAUGAUCUCGUCAGUCAACUUCUGUAACUAGUUCGACUAGUAGGUUUAAUUGAUACUGCAGUUACCGUAAGUUUAUCUACUUAGUUUAAUAGGAGAAUCUUAACCAAAGUUCCGUUCGAGCUCUGAUCUAUCGUCGUCUCUAAUUCCUUCUCUCGGACUCGGUCCGACACUCAACAGGGUUAGUCAACGACGUUCGGACCAAAA